AUGAGCGUUCGUCAAAAACCGGGACGAAAACCCCGUCUUUCGACGUCCAGCCUACGAGGCAAAAAAGCGACAACUUUUCGACAAAUGGAGAUAAAAUGGGAGGAAAUUAAAAAAUUAUUUGAUUUCAAUAUACCGUGUGGUCGUUUGGCCGCUGUUGUCAUUAAAGCUUUAUUGAUCGUCGAAAAUCGUCCGAGUACGGUUACCGAGAUUACAGAUACGUUGAUUGACGCUGCGGAACCAUCGAAAAGUAUUGGCUCCGCGCUCACAAAAUAUUUUCGAAAUAAACGUAAAGGGGAUCCAUUAAUUAGAGAAAUUGGAGAAAGAGGACGUUUCUUUAUGAGCUUGGAUGGAAGUCAUCCUGUCAUUGCAAAAUUCUUUCCACCAACAAAAGAUACUGUCAUCACGACAAUAACGACAACUAAUGCAUCAACAAGCGAUGAGUCUACCACUGCUAUUACCUCCGUUACUAAUCCCACCAAAUAUCCACUAAGACGUGUGAGAGAUGAAAAAAUUAAUAACAGUAGUUCUAAUCGUAAUUUACGUUCAUCUUCAACAAUCACACCGUCUAAAAUAGUGAAAGAUUCCUCUGUUAAUGAAUUACCACAAAAGAGCGUAAAGGGAAGAAAUUUUAAAGUUGGAAAAUUUAAUCCACUUUCAAUAAAGAAAAUACCAACGCGAAAAAUUGCAACAAAAGCACAGAAUAGCAGCAAGUCUUCAUCAUCAGUGAAUGUAGCUUCUCCUAGUCGGAAACGUCGAGUUAUUUUAAACAUUCCAGAAUCGAUUUCACCGAUGGAAGAGGAUUCUGAUGAGUCAAAUUCUGAUGAUAAUGAAACUUCUUCGUCAUCAUCAGAAUCUUCAGCAAAAUCUUUAGCAUCUUCGAUUGGUAGUCAUAAUUUAUCUCAAAAAGUAAACAUCGUUGUACCAUCGCGUCGUCCAUAUAAUCCACCUAACGGACAGUCUAAUGGACAGAUUGUUUUGACUUCUGAACAGCAACAAAAUCUACGCGAUGCUGAAAAUAAAUUUGUACAGAUUGAAUAUUUGUUUAAUUUCGAUUUGCCAGGAGGUCAUUUGAUGAAACCUAUUGUCAAAACUCUAUUAAUGCUCGAUAACCAGGCUUCUACCGUUGCUGAAAUUACUGAAAUCAUGGUGGAACUUGGCUUAACUGUGCAUAAUGCCGAAGAACCAGCAAAAUCUAUUUCCUCAAGUGUCUCAAAAUAUUUUAAGAAAUUAAAUAAUGCUCCAUCUCCAUUACAGAGGGUUUGGCAACGACGCCGCGCUACAUUAUUACUUGAUGAAUCAAUCGAACAAAUAGCUCGAGUUCUAAAUCGUCCUAAUAUUUACCUUACUUCGCCUGGUGGUGUGGAUAACUCCAGCGGUGAAUCGAUUUAUGAUACUGCAUCAGAAAUGAAUUAUGAUCCGAUAAUUGAUUCAUUCGCACGACAAAGCAUGAAUCAACAUAAUCAACAUACUGAAAUGUACUCUAAUUGGCCACCACCGCCACCAUCACCUUCUCGUUCCGCUUUUUCGAUUUAUGAUCAUUCUCCAGCAAUGGAUAUUGUAUCGAUCAGCCCUGCUCCUAUAUCAAGAAUUACUGUUCCUGCUGGGCAACAAGUCGCUUUGACCCAUGAUUUUCAUUCGAGAGCUUUCUCGCGGAUGGACCGUUACCCUCCAAUAAUCACAUCGUCAUCCUCAGUUCAAAGAGAGCAGAAUCAACAACAACAUUAUAAUCUUCAUUCGAGAUUAUAUUAUGAGUAA